CUGAACAUGAGGAGAGUUUGUUUUCUGAGUUCCGCUGAAGCGACGGGGACGUGGGACGGGAUGAAGUGGAGAACAAAGACGAAUAUGUGACCAGAGAAGGAGCUGUGAUCUAGAAAAGGGAUUAUUUUCCUAUAAAACGACAAGGAAAACAUGGCAAAUGGAAGUUCUCCAGCUGCGGCUCUCAAUGUGACCUCCUCUCAGCCUCACAGGGCGCAGAUCCUGGAAAACCCUCUCCGGACCUAUCUCCUGGGAAUCAUUAUCUCCAUAUGUGGGAACGUCCUCAUCAGCAUUUCACUCAACAUACAGAAAUAUGCUCACGUGCGUCAAUCUCAGCGUGGAUCAAAGCCCUACUACACCUCUGGGGUGUGGUGGUGCGGUGUGGCUCUCAUGGGUCUAGGAGAACUGGGGAACUUUGCUGCCUACGGCUUUGCCCCAGCAUCACUCGUAGCUCCGCUGGGCUGUGUGUCUGUCAUAGCCAGCGCUGUGUUAUCCGUGGUUUUCCUGAAGGAGACAGUGCGUGCUUCGGACAUCGUUGGUGGCACCCUGGCAAUAACAGGAACGUAUGUCCUGGUGAACUUUGCCCCCCACACUACCAUACACAUCACAGCCCUUCUGGUCCAGUACUACGUGAUGAACUGGCACUUCCUGCUUUACCUUGUGAUCCAGCAACUACAAGUGGUUCAGCCGCAGCGACAAGUGAUUUUGUGUGCGUUACUGAGUCCCAGGAGAGUGGUUCGCCGUCUUACCACCACCCGGCUGAAAGCUGUGAAACUGCUUGAUCGCGGAAAGUCCAGCGCUAAAGUGAAGAGAAAAUAUCACAGCGACUACAUAAAAUUCGGAUUUUUCUGGACUGGAGAUGAAGAGGAUCCCAAUCCACACUGUGUUUUGUGCUACGAGUCGUUGGCUAACGAGGCUAUGAAACCCGCCAAGCUCAAGCGUCAUUUUGAGAGCAAACACAAGGAUUACAUCGGGAAACCUUUAGCAUUGUUUGAGAGAAAACGUGAUGAACUUAAAAAACACAUGACGAAGGCGCCCUCACAUUUUUUUGCAACGGGGGAAAAUGCGAAGGCUACAGAGGCAUCAUACAGGGUAUCCCUUCUCAUCGCAAAAAACAGGGAAACCUCAUUCGAUAGGUGAGAAUUUAGUCAAACCAGCUGCCAAGGUUAUGGCUAAUGUAUUGUUUGGGGAGAAAGCAAGCGACGAAAUUAACAGGGUCCCCCUCUCCAAUGAUUCUGUCCAGCGGCGAAUAACAGCCAUGGCCGAAAAUGUGAAAGAUCAGCUGAUCACACGUUUACGCCAAAGCCAGUUUUUCACACUGCAACUGGACGAGUCAACUGAUAUCGUGAAUGAGGCAAAUCUGCUGUGUUUUGUAAGGUACAUUUAUGAUGGCGGUGUGCAGGAUGAAUUUCUGUUUUGUCGUUCCCUGCCGACCAACACCACAGGGGAAGCCAUUUUUGACUCAGUCAACGAUUUCAUCCUGCAGAAUAAUAUCAACUGGACACGAUGUGUUGGUAUUUGCACAGAUGGUGCAACUGCAAUGACUGGGAAACACAAGGGGCUGGCAGCGCGCUUACGCGCAGUUGCACCUUGCGCCACAGCAACACACUGUUGCAUUCACAGAGAACAGCUGGCUGUGAAAAAAAUGCCACCAUGCCUCAAAUCAGUACUGGACGAGUCUGUGAAAAUUGUUAAUACAAUAAAAACCAAAGCACUGAACACACGUCUUUUUAAAGCUCUGUGUGAUGAAAUGGGAAGUGAAAACACAAAACUGCUUUUCCAUACUGAAGUUCACUGGCUGUCGCGUGGGGAAGUUCUCACCCGUCUAUUUGAACUGCUCGAUGAGGUGAUGUUAUUCUUGCAUCAUACUGAUGAACUGUAUGACAGACUGCAUGAUUUCCAGUGGCUCUCAAAAUUGGCAUACCUGGCCGAGGCUUUGAAGUUAGCGCUGCAGGGAAAAGCCGUCACCGCCUUCAAUGUGCAGGACAAAAUUAAAGCCGCACGCCUCGAGAUGGAAUUGUGGUGUGUCCGUCUGGAACGCCAGGAGUUUGACUGUUUUCCGACGCUUGUGGAUUUUCUCCUCGCUGCAGAUGAAGAGCUGGACGGCGGCACAGUUGCAGCCUUCAAGGAACAUCUGCAAGGCCUUCACUUUCAGCUGGGAAGAUAUUUCCCAGAACUAGAUGCAGGCUAUGAGUGGAUCAGGAAUCCAUUUGGGGACAAAACGCACAUCGAACACGUCAGUUCCAAGCUCCCAUCAAGACAGGUUGACAGCCUUGUGGACAUCGCAUCUGAUGGGACACUGAGGACGACUUUCAGAGAGAAAAGCUUGACGGACUUUUGGGUCCACGUCCAGCCUGAGCACCCAGAGCUGGCUGACGCUGCUCUGAAACUGUUGAUGCCGUUUCCAACCACCUACAACUGUGAAGUUGGUUUUUCUACACUUGUUGGUCUGAAAACAAAGCAGCGUAACAGGAUCAAUGUGGACUGUGAUAUGAGACUAAAACUCUCCAGUUUGGAUCCAGACAUUGUUUCACUGAUGUCUCAGCACAAGCAGCACCAUUCCUCCCAUUAGGUAGCAACAGAGUGACAUGAGUGAGUAAACAAUGCUAUUUGUAAAUGUAACAGUGUAAAUAAUUACCUUGUGUUUAUUGUUAAAUUCUUGUUAAACUUGGGCCUGCAACCAUAGUUUUACUGCAUUUUAUUUUUGAAAAUACACAGCAAAAGUUUGUGUCGUACUAAAUGCGGUGCAUUUUGCGUAUCUCUCUGUUCGCUCGGACAUAAACUCAGUAAUAAAUGUAGUCUAUGUUUCAUAUGAUGUGUAAAAUCUAUCAGCAUUCACCAUUUAAAUCGCAUGUGAACGAAAUGCUUGUAGAAUCCGUAGUUGUAUUUGUAUUGUUGAUUUAAUGUGUGAACGAGCGAUAUAGAGAAGGUCACAUAAAGCUGUUAUUAUUAGGCUGUAAUUUGUAAUAUACUGUUGGAGUAGUAAGCAGGCCUAUUGUAUUUAUUCUAGUUUAUAUUUAGUUAUAUUUGGUGUAUAUUUAGUUAUAUUUAGUGUAUAUUUCUCCUUCCUUCUUUGUAUUGAACUGUUGCACCUCAAUUUCCCUCGGGAUUAAUAAAGCUUCUUGAAUCUUGAA